CUCCUAAGCUUCACCCAAAAGACUCGGUUGAAAGAGUCGACUCCUCGGAGUGACACAUCACUAUCGCUCAGUUUCCCGUUGUACCAGAUAUAAACAGUGGCCAGUUUUUUAGUCUCCUGCUCUUACUUUUCUCACACAUCUUAAAGAGCAUCCAUGGAUCUCUCUAUGAUGGAGUCAGACGAGAUUAAAUGCGAGGAUCUGGAGCCGACGCCGAGUUCCAGCAGUCCGGGUGAGCCGUCUGAGGAAACGGAAACGGAAAUGGAAAUGCACAUCUGCUCACGAUGUGGAAAGUGUUUUCCGAACCAGUGCGACCUCCAGACACACCAGUGCAUUCAUGUAAAGGGGAAGCCUUAUCAGUGCUCGGAAUGCGAGAAGACCUUUAACGAUCGCAGCAGUCUGAUAAAGCACCUGCGGAUUCAUACGGGGGAGAAGCCGUAUCAGUGCUCAGAGUGUGGGAAGUGUUUCACUCAAAAGGGUCACAUCACAAAACAUCUCCAGAUCCACACUCAGGAGAAGCCAUAUCACUGCUCGCUCUGUGGGAAAAACUUCAAUUACCUCUGCAACCUCCAGCGACACCAGCGCACUCACACCGGAGAGCGGCCAUUCCAGUGUCCACAGUGUAAGAAGAGGUUUAGCGAGAAAGACGGUCUCAUUAGACACCAGCGCAUACACACGGGAGAGAAGCCUUACGAGUGCUUGGAGUGCGGGAAGAGUUUUACCGAGAGGGGCAGUCUCUUGAAACACCAGAGGAUUCAUUCGGGGACGAGGCCGUUCGAGUGCUCGUAUUGCGAAAUGAGCUUCACGCAGAGGUGCAACCUUCAACAGCAUGAGCGCAUUCAUACUGGGGACAAGCCCUUUUACUGCCUCGAGUGCGGGAAGAGUUUUAACCGGGAGACGGCUCUGCAAGUGCACCAGUGCAGCCACACAGGGGAGAAGCCCUAUCACUGCCCGGAGUGUGGCAAGAAUUUCAGCGACCAGAGCAAUCUCCGUCAGCACCGCCGCAUCCACUCAGGAGAGAAGCCGUACAUCUGCGGGCAGUGCGGCAAGGGUUUCACACAGCACUGCCACCUCCAGGUCCACCAGCGCAUUCACACCGGGGAGCGGCCGUUUCCCUGCCCCCAGUGCGGGAAGAGUUUCACCCGAAAGAGUCAUCUGAAAGAACACGAGCGGAUCCACACGGGAGAGAAGCCGUAUCUGUGCUCGCAGUGCGGGAAGAGUUUCACCGUAAAGAGUAAUCUCGAGCAACACCAGCAGAUUCACACGGGAGAGAAGCUGUACCUCUGCUCGCACUGUGGAAAGAGGUUUACCCAGAAGAGCACUCUAAAGAAACACCAGCGCAUUCACACUGGAGAGAAGCCGUAUCAGUGUCCGCAGUGCGGGAAGAGUUUUAUCGAAAGAGGCAAUCUCAUAAAACAUGAGAGGAUUCAUACAGGAGAGAAGCCGUAUCACUGUUCACACUGCGGGACGAGUUUUACAGAGAGGAGCGCUCUGCAGCAGCACUUGCGCAUUCACACUGGAGAUAAACCGUAUCAGUGCUUGGACUGUGGGAAGAGUUUUAAUCGGGGAAAUACCCUCCAGGUACACCAGCGCAUUCACACUGGAGAGAAGCCGUAUCACUGCACGCAGUGCGAGAAGAGUUUUACCAGACAGAGUAGUCUCCAAGUGCACCAGCGCAUUCACACAGGGGAAAAGCCAUACUACUGCUCCGAGUGUGGGAAGAGCUUCAGAGACCUUAAGAAUUUUCAGCGGCACCAGCGCGUUCACACCGGCGAGAAACCGUAUUACUGCUCAGAAUGUGGAAAGAGUUUCAAUCGAGAAAAAUCACUGCGAGUGCACCAAUGUGUUCACACUGGGGAGAAACCCUAUUACUGUCAAGAGUGUGGAAAGAGUUUUAGUGUGUUGAGCUCCUUCCAACAACACCAGCGCAUUCACACUGGGGAGAAGCCGUAUCAGUGCUCAGAGUGUGGCAAGAGUUUUACUGUGAGUGGUAAUCUUGAAAGACACCAACGAAUUCACACUGGGGAGAAGCCAUAUCGGUGUUUAGAGUGUGGGAUGCGGUUCACACAAAGUGGUACUCUCCAACAACACCAGCGUGUUCACACAGGAGAGACACCGUAUCAGUGCUUAGAUUGUGGCAAACGUUUUACACAAAGAGGUUCUCUCCAUCAGCACCAGCGCAUUCACACUGGAGAGAAGCCAUAUCAGUGCUUACAGUGCGGGAAGGGUUUCACUGAGAGCGGUAAUCUUGAAAAACACCAACGAAUUCACACAGGAGAGAAGCCAUAUCAGUGUUUAAACUGUGGAAAGCGUUUUACACAAAGCGGUACUCUCCAACAACACCAGCGUGUUCACACAGGAGAGAAGCCGUAUCAGUGCUCGGAGUGCGGGAGGAGUUUUACUGAGAGUCGUGAUCUCAUAAAACACCAGGGCAUUCAUACAGGAGAAAAGCCGUAUCAUUGCUCACAGUGUGGAAAAAGUUUUACUGUAAACAGUAGUCUCCAAAGACACCAACUAAUUCACACAGGAGAGAAGCCGUAUCAGUGCUUGGACUGUGGAAAACGUUUCACCCAAAGAUGUACCCUCCAACAACACCAGCGCGUUCACACUAGUAAGAAACCAUACUGUUCAGAGUGUGGAAAGAGUUUUAGGACACACACAACUUUUCAGCAGCACAAACUCAUUCACACAACAGGACAAAAGCCGCAUCAGUGCUCAAACUGUGGGAAUAGUUUCAAUCAAGAGGAAUCUCUGCGAGUGCACCAUUGUGUUCGCACUGGGGAGAAACCCUAUUACUGUCAAGAGUGUGGAAAGAGUUUUAGUGUGUUGAGCAAAUUUCAGCAACAUCGGCGCAUUCACACUGGGGAGAAGCCGUAUCAGUGCUCAGAGUGUGGCAAGAGUUUUGUCGUGAGUCAUGAUCUCAUAAAACAUGAGCGUAUUCACACAGGAGAGAAGCCGUAUCAGUGCUUAGACUGUGGAAAGCGUUUUACUCAACGCGGUACUCUUCAACAACACCAGCGUGUUCACACAGGGGAGAAGCCGUAUCGGUGCUCGGAGUGUGGUAAGAGUUUUUCUGUAAGUAGUAAUCUCCAGAGCCACCAACGAAUCCAUACAGGAGAGAAGCCAUAUCAGUGCUUAGACUGUGGAAUGAGUUUUACCCGAAAAGGCACGCUCCAAAAACACCAGCGCAUUCACACAGGAGAGAGGCCGUAUCAAUGCUUAGAUUGUGGAAAGCGUUUUACCCAGAGCAGUACUCUCCAACAACACCAGCGCAUUCACACAGGAGAGAGGCCCUAUCAGUGCUCAGAGUGUGGGAAGGGUUUUACCGUGGGUCAUGACCUCAUAAAACACCAGCGCAUUCACACAGGAGAGAAGCCGUAUCGGUGCUUAGACUGUGGAAAGAGUUUUACCCGAAGUGGUACUCUUUUACAGCACCAACGCAUUCACACAGGAGAGAAGCCAUAUCAGUGCUUACAGUGUUGGAAGAGAUUUGCAGAGGGUCGUGAUCUCAGAAAACACCAGCGCGUACACACUGGAGAGAAGCCGUAUCAGUGCUCACACUGUGGCAAGAGUUUUACUGAGAGCAGUAAUCUCCAAAAACACCAGCGUGUUCACACUAGCGAGAAACCACCUUCAGCAGCACGAACUCAGUCACCCAGUAAAGGAUGAGGACAUGCUACAGUUUCCCUCAGAACAGGGCCACAGGAAGGAUAAUAUAAGUGAGGAAACUCAUAAAAGUGAUUAUUAUAAAAUGUCUCAUAUGUAAAUCUUGUACAGCCAUGCAUAAAGAACUUCAUGAAACAUGAACUUAAUGGUUUAAUCAAGUCAAGUCAAAUAGGCUUUUAUUGUCAACUCUAACGGAGCCAGCUAGCUAACUAAAAGACCUAUUUAGCUGACUAGCAAAUAUGAGACAGAUUUACAUUGUUUUUAAGUUAAAUUAAAACUACUGCUAUACAAAAAAGAGCUACAGAGUGACAAACACGACGACAUAACACGUUUCAGUACUUCUGUAGUAAUGAGGUACGAGUUGGGUAGUGGGAGGAGAAACAGGAAACAUUUGACAUUCCUGAGUAGCAGCAAUGAUUUAAAAAUAUUGUAA